ACAAGUGCUGAGCGCAUCACAAUUCUUCAAGAAAAACUGCAAGAAAUCAGAAAACAUUAUCUGUCAUUAAAAUCUGAAGUAGCUUCCAUUGAUAGGAGGAGAAAGCGUUUAAAGAAGAAAGAGAGAGAAACCGCUGUCUGCUGGAUGAGAAGGACCGUGAUCCUUCGCCCAAGAGGCGUGGCAAGAGCGAAAGUAGCCGGAACCCGGAAGUGCUUUCCCCGGGCUAUAGCGGGCGUGGAAAGCUUGGAGCAAGAAUGGCUUUGGAAGCGGGGAACAAGCGGAAGAAAAAGAGAAGUGCGAAGCAGAGGGAGGACCCGGGCCUCGGCGCUGACGGGGAUGCAUCCAGAGACUACCUAAUUGGACAGGUCGCCAAGAGCUUACUCCGCGGCCGGCCCCCACCCAGAGCUUGCGCGGGGCGGCUGGCCUCCCUCUUCAGCGCUUCUGCACCACAAGUUCGACCAGUCUACGUGCCUGUGUCUCAGGAAACUUCUAAAAAGAGGAAAUGUGAUGAGGAGGAAGAAAAUACAUCUCUGAUUCAAAGGCCACUUUUGCAAGAGCGUGCAAAAAAAGUGAAGAAGGAACUUUCUGAUGCAGACAAGUUGGCGAGCAGGGAAACUGCUUUAGCAAGUGCUGAUUUAGAAGAAGAAAUUCUCCAAAAACAAGGGCAGAAAGGGAAAAAGUCUCGCUCUAGUGUUAAAGUAGCAUAUAGAAAAGUACUUGAUGAUGUAGGUCACAACUUUGAUGCAAGUCAAAGAAAGAAAAUCCCAGUCAACCAAGAAGAAGAGAGAUUAAAGAAUGAGAGGACUCUGUUUGUUGGGAAUUUGCCUAUCACAUGUAAUAAGAAGAAGCUGAAGUCAUUUUUUAAAGAGUAUGGACAAAUAGAAUCUGUACGAUUUCGUUCUCUGAUUCCAGCAGAGGGAACUGUAUCCAAAAAGUUGGCAGCAAUCAAACGUAAAAUUCAUCCUGAUCAGAAAAACAUUAAUGCGUAUGUUGUGUUUAAGGAAGAGAGUGCUGCUACAAAAGCAUUGAAAAGAAAUGGGGCCCAGAUUGCAGAUGGAUUUCGUAUUCGGGUUGAUCUUGCAUCUGAGACCUCAUCUAGAGACAAGAGAUCAGUGUUUAUUGGGAAUCUCCCUUACAAAGUUGAAGAAACCGCUGUGGAAGAGCACUUUCUGGACUGUGGCAGUAUUGUGGCAGUGAGGAUUGUGAGAGACCCAGUUACAGGAGUUGGCAAAGGGUUUGGCUAUGUGCUCUUUGAGAACACAGAUGCUGUUCAUCUUGCUCUAAAAUUAAACAAUUCUGAGCUAAUGGGAAGAAAACUCAGAGUCAUGCACUCUGUUAACAAAGAAAAAUUAAAACAACAAAGUUCAAAUCCAGGUUUGAAGAAUGUCAGUAAAUCUAAGCAGAGAUUUAAUUUUGCUUCCAAAGAUGUAGGACAAUCUAAAAGUGUAUUUAUUGGAGAAAAAGCUGUUCUUUUUACCAAGAAGAAGAAGAAAGGACAGAAAAAGAGUGGGCGAACUAAGAAUGUGACAAAACAGAAGUAACCAUCAGAAGCUGCUUGCUAAAAACCAUGAGGUCUGGAAAUUUAAUUGUGGUGAACUCAUAGACUGAGCAUCACAAUUUUUUAUGGAUUGUGUAUGUGAAAUGUGGACUUGCACAACCUUAUUCACAUUGUAAUCCCAUCACAGCAUUUGUUUUUUAAUGUAGGCAGAUUAGUUACUAUGGGUUAUGUGUUACAACUGAUGGUAUAAGAGAUUAUUUUACUAGGCCUGGUCAACAUUUAGAAUUUUAAUGAUUAUUUAACUCUGUAUUAAAAGAUAAUUAACACUUCA